CAACUUCUUAUUCUCCAUGCCUGGUGUGAACGAUUGAAUAAUAAUCACACACAAGUUCGUUUUAGCCAUCUUUAUUUCACCACCUCUAUGUUACAGUGUAAAAAGAACCCGUGGAGGCUGAAUCAUGUACCAAAACAAUCAAUGGGCUGGAAACAUUGAUGCUUCAACCACACAGCAAUGGCAACAAUACCAACAAAUGUACGCUGCGGCAGCUACUGCUGGAUAUCAGCAACAACAAUUGACAUCGCCACAAGUUUGGCAACCAGCAGUCGGUACCGGUGCCAUGGCUGUCAACCCAGCACCCCUUGUGAAUGCCCCUGGUUCUGAAACUACGGCAGAAUCAAAUCAGACUGAUCCUGAGCAAGUCAAGAUGAAACAACUUCAAGAACAAGCUGCACAGUGGCAGCAACAGAGACAGUGGGCAGAAUAUCAACAGACUUUAAUGCAACAACAAUAUGAACAGAUGUACAGGCAAAUGUACCAACAACAGCAAGUAUUUGCUCAAGCUCAAUACUUGCAGUCAAUGUCUUUGGAAGAGUUGGAGCAACAACAUGAACAAAUUAGUGAACAGAUUACUCAGUGGAAAACACAGUUUGACGACUGGAAAGAGCAACAUAGAGACCAUCCAAAUAAAGAUCAGUUUAGUCAGUAUGGACAGCAAUGGGAACAAUGGCAACAACAGAUGAAACAACAUCAAGAACAACAGAAGUAUUACAUAGACCUAAAACGUAAAGAACAAAAUUCAACAGAAGGAAGAAAAAUGCAAGAAGACUUAAAGGCCAAACCACAACAAGAGGAGCAGCAGCCGCAGCAGCAGCAACAACAACAGCUGCAGCCACAGCAGCAACAACAGCAACAGCAGCAGCUUCAACAACAACAGCUGCAGCCACAGCAGCAACAACAGCAGCAGCAGCUUCAACAACAACAUAAAAAACAAAAUCAACAACCACCACAAGAACAUAAUAAACAAUAUCAACAACCACAACAUGAUCAACAACAACAUGAUAGACAACAACUUCAACAUGAUAAACAAUUUCAACAGCAGCAACAGUUACCUAAUCAAGAAUCUCAGCAAGGUGGAAGAUGGCCACGUCAAAGUGGUCCAAGACAGUUUGGUGGUCCAGAACGUUUUAAUAGACCUCCACUAACUAAUUUUAAUAAUCAAAAUACUAUGCGACCCAAUUUUCCUCAUGAACAGAACCAGCCAAGGCUUUUUGGGCGUGGUGGUCCAAGAGGUGGUCCAAGAUUUGAUGGUCAACGUUUUCCUCGACCACAGGGAGAUUUUCAGCACACACCAAGCCAAUUUGAUGGCCCUCCAAGAGAUGGUUCUUUUGAGCCUCGGGGACCUGGUCCAUGGUUUAGAGGUCAGAGACCAGAUGGACCUAGAGGUGGUCCUGGAGUUGGUGGUCCUCAAUUUGGAUUUAGAGGUCCUAGUGGUCCAGCACAACAGAGAUUUCAACCUCCAGGAUUGAACAGAGGGCCUAGACCUCUUCUUGAUAUGACAAUUGAACCACCAUUUGAUCAAGAAUGCGAUGACAGAAAAAUGAUGGAAGAACACAAACGUUUACCAUCUCUGAUGUCUUUAAAUCAGCAAAGAAAUACAAAAAGUGCUGAAACAAGUCGUCCCUCUCAAAGUAAAGAUGAUCAUAACAACUCACAACAACACCAAGAAGCGUCUCAUCAUGAAGUGCAAACACCAGCACAACACCCAAAGAGCGAAGGACAACAGAAAGAAGAAACACUGAAAGGUGAAGACCAACAGGAGCAAAUCAUAUCCUCAGAUGCCGGUCAGCAGUAUGAACGAAUGCUACCUGUUGGUAGGGGUCAACAGAAGGAGCAAAUGAUGUCUUCUGGUAGGGGCCAACAGCAGGAACGAAUGCUACCGGUUGGUAGUGGCCAACAGCAGGAACGAAUGCUACCGGUUGGUAGUGGCCAACAGCAGGAACGAAUGCUACCGGUUGGUAGUGGCCAACAGCAGGAACGAAUGCUACCGGUUGGUAGUGGCCAACAGCAGGAACGAAUGCUACCGGUUGGUAGGGGCCAACAGCAGGAACGAAUGCUACCGGUUGGUAGGGGCCAACAGCAGGAACGAAUGCUACCGGUUGAUAGGGGCCAACAGCAGGAAAGAAUGCUGCCAGCAGGUAGGGGCCAACCGCAGGAACGAAGGCUUCCAUUUGGGGGUCAGCAACAACAAAUGCAAAUUUUUGGUACAGGUCAACAGCAGGAACGAAUGCUACCAUUUGGCAGGGGUCAACAAGAGGGAAUGCCACCUCAUGGCAGGGGUCAACACCAAGAGCGAAUGCUACCCUUUGGUAGGGGUCAGCAACAGAUGCCACCACAUGGACGGGGUCAACACCUGGAACAAAUGCCACCAUAUGGUAGGGGUCAACAACCUGAGCGAAUGCUACCACAGGGUAGAGGUCAACAACCUGAACGAAUGCAACCGUUUGGUCAGCAACAAGAACAAAUGCCACCACAUAGACAGGGUCAACAGCUGGAACAAAUGCCACCACAUGGACGGGGUCAACAGUUGAAACAAAUGCCACCACAAGGACGAAGUCAAGAGCUGGAACAGAUGCCACCACAUGGUAGAGGUCAACAAGUGGAACAAAUGCCACCACAUGGUAGGGGUCAACAAGUGGAACAAAUGCCACCGCAUGGUAGGGGUCAACAACUAGAACAAAUGCCACCACAUGGUAGGGGUCAACAACUGGAACAAAUGCCACCACAUGGUAGGGGUCAACAACUGGAACAAAUGCCACCACAAGGUAGGGGUCAACAACAACAGCAGAUGCAUCCUUUUGGUAGAGGUCAACAACAGCAACAGAUGCAACCUUUUGGUAGGGGUGAACCACGGCUACGAAUGCCACCACCUGUCAUGCCUCAACAGGAACAAUUGCCUUCACAUGCUAGAGGUCAGCAACACGAACGAAUGCUGCCACCAGGCCAUCUUCAAAAACAGGAAGGAAUGGAUCAGGAGCAACAUGAGCAAAUAGGUCAAGAAGCUACUAACAAGGAAGUACCUAGUAGAGAUGCCUUUACAUCAAAAGCUAUAGAGGAAAUUGAAGUGUUACGAGCCCAACAAGCUAAGUUGAAACAACUUGAACAGUUGCAGAAACUUUCAUCGAACAAUGCUGCAUCACAGCAAUCAGUUCCAAUGCAAAAAAGUGAGCUUGAAAGCACAGAAGAGAAUAACAGAGAGAAAGAACUUGAAGAACUAUCAAAAAGAGAAGGAGUUCAAGUCUUUGAUUACCAGGGUGGCAAAACACGGAGAUUAACUGAUGAUGGAGACUUUAUUGAUGAACCAAUGCCACAAGAGCAUCAUCUUCCACCGUUUGAUCCAUAUUCUAGAGUACCAAGACAAUUAGAUCCAUAUUCAAGACAACCAGGGCCGCCAGAUCCAUAUUCAAGACAACCAGGGCCGCCAGAUCCAUAUUCAAGACAACCAGGGCCGCCAGAUCCAUAUUCAAGAUCACUGGAUCCCUAUUCCAGACCAUUGGGACCACCAGAUCCAUAUUCCAGAUCACCUUAUCCUGGUAGUUAUUAUGACAGAGAUUAUGGUUAUGACAGAUAUUAUAGUUGGGAAAGGGAGAGAGAAGAAUAUGAAAGGUACUACUAUGAUAGAAGAGAUUACGCAUAUGCUAGGGAAUAUGAGCAUAGAAGAGCUGAAGCUUGGAGUUAUGCACCACCACCGCCGCCCAACCCUAAUGAAAGUGCGUUUGUGAAAGCACAUACAGUUGAAGAGAUUGAUUACGGACAUGGUAAACAUGCACCACUUGGUAGAGAGGUAGAAGUUGAUGCAUUCUUGCGUGAAAAGGACAGAAUGGUUCUUGAUGAAUAUGAGAGAGGAAGGUAUCUGGAGUUGGAAAAAGCUCGCAAAGAACAGAAAUCCGAGCCGAAAGUAUACCCAUGGGAUGAGAAGAGAAACAAGCAGCUUGUAACCAAAACCGACGACCAAAAAAAAGCUCGUUCCAGGUCCCCAUCUAGAGAUAGGGAGAGAUCUAAAGAGAGAUCUAGAGAUAAAUCAAGGGACAGAGACAUUGAACGAGAAAGAGGUCGUGACCGUGACAGAGAUCGUGAGCGGGACAGAGAUCGUGACAGAGAAAGGGACCGUGACCGUGACAGUGACAGAGAACGUGUUUGGGACAGAGACCAUGGACGUGAUCGUGACUUGGACAGAGGUCGUAACAAUGUUCGUGAUCGUGACAGAGCUUAUGACCGUGACCGAGACAUGAAUCGUGACAGAGACCGAAACAGAGAGAGAGAUUAUGAAAGAGAGAGGGACCGAAAGAAGGACCAUGAUUGGAUAAGAGAGAGGGAAAGAGGACAAGAUUAUGACAGAAAUAGGUACAACUCUGAUCGAAAUCAAGAGCAAUUUGGAAGAGACAAUAA